AUGGCUCUAUUAUUAAGAAUGUGCUAUGAUAAUGCUAUGCUUACCGAGGACAAUGUGGGAUAUAUGGAGAUUUCAUAUAAAUUCUCUAUGUAUGCCUUUAAACCAGCAAUUGCUAUCUCAGUAGUCUGUGCACAAUUGUUUUGUCUUCUACAAAUUACGCAGUUUGCAUUCUCAUACUUUUCAAAUAAUGAGACACUGUUUCAAGUUCCCAAGAAAGUGCUCAAUACUAAAAUUAUCCGACAACCUCAGAAACCCCUAAGGUUGAAGCAACGAGAAUAUAAUCUUUUCAAACCAAAUUCGAAAGAUGAGAUUGAGAAUCACUUAAAAACGAUAUCACAAAUUAACAAACUACUUGUUGAAGAUGACAAGCAAACAGCUGAUAUCAAAAGCCUGAAAUCUCCUUCUGCAGUUAAGAGAUUUACGUUUGGAGAAACUCUUAUACCUUCAAAUAGUAUUUGGAGCGUGCAAGCACCAAAGAAGUCAACAACUAUGAAGUCGGAGACCUUAAAGGUCAAAAAUGAUAAAGAAGUAUUGAAAGUCAAAAACGAUAAAGAAAAUGUGAAAGUUACCAAAGUAAAAAAUUCCAAGGUUAGUAGUGGUUCAAAGAUGUCAUCUGAUCAAAUCAAAGCAAAUUUUAAGAAGAAGGUGUUAGCUUUAAAGAAUCAAAAUAAAAAGGUUAAGUCAUAA